AUGGGCCGAUAUACGAGUGUGCAGACGUUCAGCGAUCAGGACGCACAGGGCGCCGCUGUGGCCUACGAUGCAACUUCUAGUGCUGCAACAACUUCUGCUACUUCUAGUGACACCAAGGACGGCAAGCUCCACGUAAACCGCGUGGAAAAUGUGUCCGGUAGCUCCGCUGGCGCUGGCAGUGGUGACUUUCACACGUACCGGGCGUCUAGGAGACGAGAGAUGGAGCGUGUGGCUGCUAUGGAGCAGCGCUACAAGGAGAACAAGGAGCAGCAGGAGUUCGAAGCGAAACGUAAACGCAAUGCGGAGGAGUUCGAGGCUAAAAUGCACAAACGUGCGGAGAAGCGGCGGCGACGCAAGGAGCGAGCCAAGGCAAGAGAUUUGGAUGGAGAAGACGAGGAAAAGACCACAGGCAAGAAGGAACAGGUCCCAGAGACGCCUGGAGGUGUGCCGGAGAUCCCCAAUGACGGCAGCUUCUUGGAGAAGAUGCUGGCUCUACAAAAGGAGAAGGAGAAAAGCGAGGAGAAAUGA